AUGCGAGCGCGCCCUCAAUGCCCUCUGCACAUGUUUGGCACAGGAGCCCAAAAAGAGUGUCAAACAUUUUUGCAUAUCACUUAUCCCCUGAAGAUACCAGCCAACUCAUCUGAAGAUUGUAUAGGUAGUGCUGAGGAUGAGAGUGUUCAGGCCUACACUCUUACCAUAGAAAAGAAGCACUACACCGUCUACCUGAAACAACAGUCCUUUUUGCCCAAUGAUUUUAUGAUUUAUACCUACAACCCCGGAGGCUUUGUGCAACCCAGUAUCCCAGACAUUCAGAAUGAAUGCUUCUAUGAAGGGUAUAUCCAAGGCUUCCCCAAUUCUGUGGCAAUACUCAGCAUCUGCUCUGGCCUCAGGGGCGUGAUACAGUUUGAGAAUGUCAGCUACGGCAUUGAGCACCUGGAAUCUUCAACUACCUUUGAGCACCUAAUUUAUGAACUAAACAGCGAAAACGCCAAAGGCCCAAUUUGGACAGAAAAUGUCACCCAUGUAGACAACCGAACGAAGACACGACAUGUAUCUUAUAAGCUGCUUUCAGAUACUGUGCCGCUGUCAGAUACCACGAAAAGUCACAGGUACAUUGAAGUCUACGCUGUUGUGGACAAGGUUUUGUUCAACUAUUUGGGCGGAAAUCCUGAAUAUGUAACUUCAAACAUUGUGCAGAUUAUCGGCUUUGUGAAUAGUUUCAAGCCAAGGAACACAAUAUGUAGACAAGCGUUAGACAAGAAUUGUGACUUUCCCGAGUAUUGCAAUGGGAGUUCGGCUAUUUGCCCGGGCAAUGUUUACGUCCAAAAUGGCAUUGAUUGUGCUUCUAACACCGGCUUCUGUUAUGGUGGAUUUUGUCAAUCAGCCGACUUGCACUGCCAGGAGUUCUUCGGAUCACGGUCAAGAAACGCCCCGCAAGUCUGCUACGAAGUGAAUAACCAGGCUGAUAGAUUUGGGCACUGUGGCGUCGAUUUCAAAAGGAAAUUUAAAACUUGCUCUUCUCGGGAUCUCAAAUGUGGAAAGUUAAUUUGCACAUAUCCCUACGACACUCCUUACACUAAACUUAACGUUCCCGUCUUGUAUAUGCCGGUGAAGAACGUUGUCUGUGUGUCCUUGGACCUUAACCAUCCAGAUGGCACACCGAACCCUAUGAUGGUGAAAGAGGGAACAAAAUGCGGACUUGGUAAGAUUUGCCUCAGACAAAAAUGCGAAAGCUAUGAUGUUCUGAAUAAUGAUUGUGAUUUUAAGAAAAAAUGCUCAGGACAUGGGGUAUGUAACAACAAAAGAAAUUGCCACUGCGACCCAGGCUGGGCUCCACCAGACUGCCGAAUAAAAGGAAACCCUAUGGGAGGAAGCAUUGACAGCGGACUUCGCUAUCUGGAUUUGGAUAUUGAAAAAAAGGCCAGGGAAGACAGUAUGCGGACAUGGAUCCUGCUUAGCAUUUUCCUGUUCCUUCCCAUUAUUAUUGGAAGCACCCUUUUGGGUGUCAAAUGGAAACGUAUCAAAAAAUCUUGCUUCGAAGAUGACGACCUGGAUGAGGAUUCUGAGUCUUAUACUAGAUCAGAAGAGAGUAACACAUCGGAAAAAACAAGUUUCAGCUAAACAGACCUGAUGCGAGCAGAGGAAAAUUACACAGCAGCUCUCCAAGGAAGAAAAGAGAACGCAAGAUCACUGCGCAUUCAUGUUCAUGCCAUCUAAUAAAUCACG